AUGACGGAGAAAUCGCUCCAGCCUCCAGGGGCCAUCGCCGGAGCUCCGGCGAUCUUCCAGCGGCAAGCAAUGGCCGGAGCAGGAGAAGAUGACGACGAAGCAGCCGCUCCUCCUCCUCCCGCCUCCCCCUCACACUCUGGCGAGGCAACCCACCACUUGGACGAUGAGGCGGCGGAGCAGAGCACCAACCACGAGCCGUCCUUGCGGAUGGAGAACCUUCCUCGCCUGGCAGGGCAAAAAAAGGUAGUAUUUACUCAAGCAUUUCACUGUUACCCUAAGGAUCCAACCAGUGCGUUAAAAUUAGUCCUUGAUGUGAUUCCUGUGGCGUUCUCCACGGAUCUGGACCUCUGGGGCAAAAAAAAAAAGGUGUUUUAUGGGGUUUGUUUGCCUGGGACAGGGGCAGGGAGCUGCUGUUUCUAUAAAGCCACACCCAGGCAGCCAAAUGCCGAUAACGGAGUUCUUCAACUUACCCGCUGUUUGGAUAUUGUGCCCCGACUGGAGACGUUGCAUUUGGAUAUGGUAUAUCUGAACCUUGACGAUGGUGGGAGCGAUGAGGUGGUGGAGGAGGAAGGCUCCCAUAUGAGCCACCAUGGUCAUCUCAGGACAGUCUACAUGAGCGGGUUCCGGUGCUACAAUGAUCAGGUCAAGCUAGCGUACUGUAUCUUGCAGAAUGCUCGUGUUCUCGAGCACAUGGAAAUACAGCCAAGGGUCGCGGCCGGUAUGUUCCCCAUUUCAGGAUCAUGGCGCUGGCAUUCUUGAGAGGCAACUGUCGGUGUCCACUUCGUAUGUCUCUGCUGAUCUGCAGGUAUGGUCGCGUUCCAGUAAUCACUCUUAGUAGGCAGUCAGUGUCCUUUUGAUACUCUCUUGUGAUUAUUGUGGAUUCCCCAUGUAGUUUGAUCUGGUGGUCGGCCUCGUCCGAUAGUUUUUCUGUGAGUCGUUUGUGCGGCAAUGUUUCCUUGUUUACGAUCUAUGGUAGGAACUUAUUGCUCCAGGACUGUAGGUUUUUUUGCUAACUACAAUGGGAGCCUGGGCGGUUGAGGCUCAAGUUGUCAGUUAAGCCAACCUUUUACUGCUGGGUUUGGAAGUAGUGCAGAUCAUGUAAAUUAACUGCAGCCUGGGCAGGCAAUGCAAAGCCUCGUCAACUGCAAUCACAUAGUCCCAUACAUCUAUGCUUGUAUUUCAUGAA